CAAUCAAUAUAAUAUUACAAAUUGAAUUAUUACCAAUAUCUACUAAUGCUAAUAUUCCCGGUCAACGAUCUCUCAGGUUCAUUCGCUUUUAUAUAUUUGGUCUGGAGUUGUAUUAAACAAUCCAGAUUUAACCGGCUUUACAAAUUCUAUCGUAUAAAUACUAGAUUUUCAAGUUUAUCAGUGAAAUAACACCUUUAUUAUCUGUUUAAAUUAAUACAACAUAAACCAUAUGACGUAAUAACCUCGCUGUAAACUAUUGUAUUUCCCCUCUUUAUAUUUUUAAAUAAAUGUUAAAAUUGUUUAUGCAACAUCCGAUUGCGAUAGUCGCCAGAAUGUAUUAUUAGUUUGAUUUGACCGUGUGUAUCUAACUCGCUGGUAAAUAUUUCAAUAAAAUCGUGAAAGUGAAAGGUACGUAUUAUCGACUUGUAAUCAAAUAUAUAAACUAUUAAAACUUACAAUAUUAUUCGCAACUAAAUUUAACCAAAUCAAGGUUAAGCAAAUUCGAAUGAUAACAAAUUAAUAAUACCGGGUCCGGAUGAUAUUUUCGUUGGGAGAUAGUUGAAUUUAUAUACGCAUUAAAUACACUAUUCUAGAACAUGUGACUUUGAUAAGUCAGCCAUUUUGUCUGAGUGGCAAACAAAAGACUUAUUCUUCGCUUGUUAACGUACCUGUCAAGUGUUUUAAUUGUGACUUUUGUGGUUUACGCAUUGUUACUUGCCAUUAUUUCGACAAAAUGGAUAUAAGUGACUGACUUUAAACAGUGUUGUUAAGUGACAUGCUACGAGAUAUCAGAGGAAAAUUGUUUUUAAAUAACACAAGUCAAAGGCAGUACUUUGAGGACGAACCGCUAAAUGCAUUUUUGGAAUUAGUUACCGAUGACAAUCCAACGUGUGAAACUUUAGAAGAGUUUACGGUGGGGCACAUCCCCGACGGGGUUAACUUAAUGGCAAUAAAAGAUAAUGAAAUUGUUGGUCUCUGUUUAUGUGUAAGUGUCAAUAAAGUUGAACAACAGAAAAUUUUUGAUUGUCAAAAUGAAAAAUAUAAUAAAUUAGUCAGAUUAUUAGAUUACGCCGAUAAACAAUGUGAUCCUUUUCAAAUAUAUCCAGAAUGUUCCAGAGGAAUAUCAGUACAAGUCAUAUCUGUUGCAAAAAGUUGUAGAGGAAUGGGAAUAGCAACAACAUUGCUUGAAAAAGCGAGUGUUUUGGCGAAGGAAAAAGGAUACCAGUUCAUAACCAUAGCCUGCACAAGUUUAUAUUCAUCGAAAUUAGCAGAAAAAUUGAAUUUCCGAGUGAAAUUUUCACUCGAUUACACUGAUUAUAAAGAAAACGGCCAAAUCGUUUUUAAACCGGAUCCUCCACACACGGCUUUAACCAUUUAUUUGAAGAAAUUAUGAAUUUAUAAGACAAGCAACAAAUUUCCGAUGACAUGUAAUAAACAAACAGUGAACUGUGUAUUUAACAUACACCAUAGACCUGCACAAACUUUUCUACUUUUUUGUGGGAAAAUAUCGACUCCAAAAAUGUUAGAGUUUAUCGUGACUCGACCUGUAUAAAAAGGAAACAAAAACGAACACAAAUAUGUAUUUUAAACCUUUAAUUUAGUGAUAUAUUUAUUUCUGGCCAUAAAAGCGACUCUCUGAGCUUUCUUGAUAACUUGAGGGCAUCUCGAACAUGUUUUCAUUUGACAAUCGUGGAAAAAGCCUUCGUUUCUGGGAAAACCAUGACUGUUAUCCGAAAAAGUUGUUAAACCUAAUCCCCAAAUUUUUCCACCGCGGAAUUCACCCUCGUGCUUCAUACCAUCCGCCCUCCAGAAUAUACCGUAACCAUGAAACCAACCGUCAAAAAAUUCUCCUUCAAAUCUGUAGAAAUAAAACGAAACAUUUCUAACCUACCCGGUACAUGUUUUUAUAGUAUUCAAAUAGUUUAAAUUUAUAAUAUUGUUUCUAAAUUCCGUGGUUUAUCUAAAUAAUUUUGCCUACUAACUAAAGUUGUAUAAUUAUAUCUCCAAAUUAAUAAUAUAUUUUCAAUAUAUAUCAACUGUAAAAAGGAACGAACCUGACAAGUGAAAUUUUUUUUUCAAAAUCUGGCAACAGAGCAGAUAGUUACCAAUUUAUGAGAGUUGACGUUACACAAUUUGGAUCAUAGAACUAACGCACGUGAACUAAUGUCGACCAUAGGUAUUUUUCGAUUUUAUAAUCGAUUUUAAUUCAAGCUAUUCUUUUCUUUUAGCAUUUUAAUUAUCAAAAUAGAGAAGAAACAUUACUUUCUGGUUAUUUUCUUUAGAAAUACAUAACCGAUCUCGAUUUCUUUUCCGAUUUAAAUAAAAAAAUUUGUUUGAUUAAUGUACAACAAUCGUACAAUCGAUAAUUCUUUCGGAGCCAUUCAAUGCCAAAGGAAUAUUGAUUCGUUCGUAGUCGUGCAAGAUCGUUUUGACGUAUCGUUCAAAGUAUAAGUUGAUGUAACUUUAUGGUGUAAAUAACACAAUUAAAAUUACAGAUUUCAUUAUUAUAUAGAUAAUUAAACUCAUAAAAUAUUGUUAAUUUUGGAAAAUAUAUUCAUAUUUAAAUACGAAAA